AUGCCGCGUUAUAUGAAUCCAAAUUCAAAAGGGUUUGACUCAAAUGCAAGAUGUGAAUAUCACUCUAACACACAAGGUCAUAGUACCAAAAAAUGUUGGAUAUUAAAUAAAUCCAUUGAAGAAUUGAGUGAAGCAAAGGUAAUUGUGGUAACAAACAAUGAGGAUACUCCUAAUAUCACAAACAAUCCAUUCCCAGCUCAUGAUAAUACACAUUUUAUUGGGAUGAUUUGUGAUGAUCGGGAUUAUAAGCAGUCUAGCAAGAUAGAGAUGGUUGUUGGAACCAUAGGGCAAGAACCAAAAGUGAUAGUAAGUCCGCCGCAAUUGGCACCAUUGAUUGUGAAAGGUGCGAGUUCUAGCUUGAACUUGACAGGUUCUGAAAAAAUGAUUCUCUAUGUCCUUGGAAGCACAAAAAAGGUUGAGGUUCAAUUGGGUGGGCCAAAACUUUACAUCCCUGGGGGCAUUCAAAAGAUUGUUCCAAAUAAUGGUUUGAGAAAUAUAACAGAGCCAGUUGUGAUCCGACCUGUUGCACAACUUCCAGUGACAAGCACAAAGGCUAUUCCCUGGAAUUAUAAGAAGACUGUCAUGACAUACAAAGGAAAAGAUAUAGUGGAAGAAAUAGAUGAAAUUGGGGGCUUGACCCGCUCUGGAAAGUGCUAUUCACCAGAGGAAUUGAGAAAAGCUAAGCAAGCCAGGGAAAGUCACUUGCCAGUGAAAGAACCUGUUGCAGAAAAAGAAGUGGAGGAAUUUCUUAAGAAGAUGAAAAUAAGAGCAUUGUCGUGUGUUGAUCAAAACUCUGAACGAGGCAUAUGUAUCAGAAAAGACAACGGUAAAUCAGCUAGAAAAAAGGCUGAAAGAUUCUUUGAAGUAAAUAGAAUUACUUUCAGCGAUGAUGAUUUUCCUGAGGAAGGGGCUAGGCGCAAUAGAGCUUUGCAUCUUAUGGUCAAAUGUGAAGGGCACUACGUAAAAGGAUUCAUGAUUCAUGGAGGCUCAAGUGUAUAUGUAUGUCCUCUUUCUACUCUACAACAGUUGAACAUUGACAUCAACAGAAUUCGAACUAGUAAUGUCAGUAUUAGAGCUUUUAAUGGUUCAAGAAGAGACACUAUUGGGAAAAUUGAACUCACCAUGACAAUCGGACUGGUUGAUUUUAACAUUGUCUUUCAAGUGUUGGAUAUGAAAACUUCCUAUAAUUUUCUUUUGGGAAGGCCGUGGAUCUAUAUGGCCAGAGUUGUACCAUCCACCCUACAUCAAAUGGUCAAAUUUGAGUAUGACGGGCAAGAAAUUGUUGUUCAUGGGGAGGACGACUCAUCCGUCUAUAAAGACCCAUCCAUUCCAUGUAUCGAGGCCAAGGAAGGAUGUGAAUCCAUCAUAUAUCAAGCAUUUGAGGUGAUUGAGGUGGACCAAGUGGAAGAAGGAAAACCAAUUAUGCAUCCCCGUCUUUUAGCCACAUCUAUAAUGGUAGCUUCACUGAUGUUGAGGAACGGCUAUGAACCAGGAAAAGGAUUAGGAUCCUCUCUGCAGGGAAUUGUGAACCCCAUUGCUCCCUUUUCGAAGAAAGAUACCUUUGGAUUGGGUUUUAAACCAACACCAGCUGACAUAGACAGAGCCAAGGCCCGCAAAAAGAAUAGUUGGAAUCUGUCCAAACCAAUCCCUCACAUUUCCUACUCUUUUGUCAAGUCACAAUUUGAAGAAGUCCAAAAUCCUUCUAGACAUUGA